GAGGGAAUCCCAAAGGACGCCCGGCCUAAGCGAACCCUGCAAUCCUGUCUCCCGCCCUCACCGCUGCGGGGUUCGGGCGGGGCAGGAGUGGGGGGUCCCGGCAGAGGGGACGCGGCCCCGCCAGACUGCCGGCGUGGGAAUCGGGGGGCCCUCGCGGUCGCAGCGCCCCCUCCCGGCCCAAGCGCAGGCGGGCUCCUGAGAACUCGGGUCCCCCGCACUGCGGGGAGGAGGGACGCGCGUCGGCCGGGUGACCUGGGCUGCGGGCAGCGCCGGGGCGGGGACUCGCGGCGGGGCAGGCGGGCGCGGCGCGCGGCGGGGCGGCCCCUUCCUGGCUCGGCUCGUCAGCCUCUUUCCCCCCGAGCGACGGCGCCACCCAUGGCGGAGGUGCUGGAGCCGGACCCCGCGACAGCCGAGCGCGCGGCGGCCCAAGCCGUGGAGACGCCGGGGUGGACGGCCCCGGAGGACGCGGGCCCCCAGCGAAGUUACGAGAUCCGGCACUAUGGACCCGCCAAGUGGGUCAGCACUUCCGUUGAGUCCAUGGACUGGGAUUCAGCCAUCCAUACCGGUUUUACAAAGCUGAACGGCUACAUUCAAGGCAAAAAUGAGAAAGAGAUGAAGAUAAAGAUGACAGCUCCGGUGACAAGCUACGUGGAGCCCGGUUCAGGUCCUUUUAGCGAGUCUAUCAUUACCAUUUCCCUGUACAUCCCCUCUGAGCAGCAAUCCGAUCCGCCCCGGCCUUCAGAGUCAGAUGUCUUCAUUGAAGACAGAGCUGAAAUGACUGUGUUUGUACGGGCUUUCGAUGGAUUCUCCAGUGCUCAAAAAAAUCAAGAACAACUUUUGACAUUAGCAAGUACUUUGAGGGAAGAAGGAAAAGUUUUCAAUGAGAAAGUUUACUACACGGCAGUCUACAACAGUCCUUUCAAGUUGCUUGAUAGAAAUAACGAAGUGUGGUUGAUUCAGAAAAAUGAACCAUCCAAAGAAAAUGAAUGAGGAAAAAACCCCAGGAAGUUUCAUUUCUUACUGUAGACAUCAGCACUGCAUACCCGUAAAAUGUAGAGUAGUUGCUCUACUUGAGAGAACGAUGAAUUGAGCUUAUCUCCAAGGUGCCUUUUAAUGUUUGAAGCUUUAUCUAGAUACACAGGGAACAGGGGACAGUAUUCUAGAAACAUGUGAAUCAGUCACAGCUCUGGAGGAUUUUACUUCUGUGAGGCUCCCGGGAAGUGUCCUGUUACUUGACCCUUCUUCACAUGAUGUUGACUUUUUCAACUUGGAUUUGCAUCCUUUGGAUGUCACCCCCUCCAGAUAUUAUCAAUAAAAAUGUUAAAGAGGUAUUCUGUGUGGCACGGCUGUGAAGCCUCAUAAGGUGAAGUUCAGUUGAAAGCAAAAAUCAGAUUCUUGGGGUGCCUGGGUGGCUCAGGCAU